AUGGAACUCACCGACGACAACAUCUCCGAGUUCUUGGACGUGUCCGAGCCUCAGCUGACCCCUAAUCUGAAACAAGUCUUCACUAGGAUUGCCGACACUUAUGGGGAAUGGGGGUUUCUCCGCAAAGCCAUUGAAGCUCUCCAGCUGCAUCUUAACAGCGAGCACGUCAGCGCCGCCCUCACCAAGUACGGUGCCCUUGGCCCCUGGGCAUCUUCUGCCGUGGAUGCAGGGCUCCUAGAGGUGAUGUUCUUCACCCUUGGCAUGGCGCCUCGGGAACGCCAUCUGGUUGAAGACGUUAAAGUCCAAUACGGCGCGUUUGCUAUCAUAACAAACCUUCUACUUGUGGCCGAAAUGGAGCAAAGAGAAAUCAUAGUUGGAGACCUCCUCAAACUCGACAUCAUCGGCCUUUGUCUUCGGUUUCUGCGGCAUGACCAUUUCUGCAUUCGUCAACGAGCCGUCGAGACGCUGAGGCUGCUCAUUACCGACUGUGUCAUGCUAGAAAAGAUAUCCGCGUCGCAGGCGGCCGACGUUUUCGAGACCAUCUGCCUGGUGGCCCUCGAGGCUCCCGGACUGUGGAGCAGCAACUUCACGCAUUUUCCGUCCCAGUGCGAACAUUUCUCUGCUCUGGACGGGGCAGAAAACGACUACGAGAAAGCUUCCAGAGUCGGCGCCUACGCCUUCGCCCAAACCCAGGAAGACGCGAUCAAGGCGGUGCAUGCUCUCACACUGCUGAAUUAUCGUGAGCCUCAGAAAUUCUGCCUUGAUAUGUUGAAGCGCCGGCCUAUCAUCGUCGACCUACUGCUUGACUGUACGAUUAUCGAUCGCUCGCCGGCGUUGCCUCACUCGGGAGCAAGCACAAAUGCCAUUGAGGCUCUCUGUAUGCUCUUCCAGUGGCCUUGGUUCACUGUUCCGGGCGUUCCUACACCUGCGGAUCAGGUUAUGAAAGCCGCCGACAUGAAGUCGCUAUCUAAAGCGCUACGAACUCUGACAUCUCGGAGACAAUGGGCAGAGAGGGUCAUCAAGACUUUUACUCAUCUUGAAGAGUCUGAUGCCAGCAUGCCGCGAAGCUGGUGUAACAAUCUCGUAAAGGACUACGAUCCCAUUGAGCCACCGCUGGAAGAUGCGUAUGAGCAUAUUUGGUUCAACCGCCGAAGAAGCCAUGUCUACUUCUUACGCCUCAUCACCACACUCACCCACUUCGCUGAUCCAUGCGGCGUCACAAACGCCGAGAUCAUGUCAUUUCUACCCAUCGCGUACGAGGCAUCGCAAAAAUACCAGAAAACAUCCGAGGAGGAGGACGAAGACACCAAACGCACCCAGCUAGGCGAACAAUCCAACGUGGCCGAAAACCAUCCCUACUGGGUCGAUCGCACCGACCCUAGUCCGCUCUACAAGAAGAUCAUACGCCUAAGCACUUCCGAAGAGACUCUCGCUCCGGCUCUGCUCCUCCGUCUACUGGCCGUCUUAGCGCAGCGAAACGUCCUCGCCGGGAUCCAAACGCUCACUCAGCCUCCACCCGGUCUUUCUCGGACAACAUCUCUCGAGCAGAUCCAACAGAUCACAAACCCAAACGUCAUCCGACGCAUCAUCUCCAUCGCGCACGCGCGCAUGGACACCUCCCUCGAGCACGGCCGGAGCUUCGCGCCGAAGAACAGACCGCCGUCCACACAGGCCGAAGCGCGCAGCGCCGCGCUCCUCGCGACCAUGGACGACCUCGUCGCGAACCUGCCGCGCACGGAGGAGAGCGCGUGCGCCGCGUUCGUGAACGCGGCGGAGCUCGGCGCCGCGCUCGACGCGCUCGACGCGCACACGCGCGGGCUGUACACUGCGGACGUGCGCGGCGCGCGCCGGAAGCUCGUCGUCGCGCUCGGCAACGCGGCGCAGAUGGCGCUGCGCCUCGAAAAGUGGCGGUACGCGUACUCGUACGCUCUCGGCGCGGUGACUGCGGCGGAAAAAAUCCCGCCUGAGGAGAACUUGGGCGCGGACAUCAUGGCUAAGAAUAAGCAGCGGCUGAACACGGCGGAAGCCCAUCUUCAACUUGACGGUUCCUCAUGA